AGCUGAGCUGCGGACAAGUAGACUGUUCGGUGUGCUCAGGAGGAACCACCCCAUGUACCCGAUGCUCGUGCUGCUGGGCCUUGCUGCCCUCCUGGGUGCCUCCCAGGGCCGCACGGAUUGCUACGGCAGUGUAAACAGAAUUAAAACCUCUGGGGCUUCAUGCCAAACUGCAAAGCCAGAAGGUUUACGCUACUGCGGAGUUAGGGCUUCAGAAAAGAUCGCUGAAGGGGACCUAAGAGCUAUGAAUCAAUACAAAGCACUCAUUAAGAGAGUUGGCGAAAAACUGUGCAUCGAACCAGCCCUGAUCGCUGGCAUCAUCUCCCGGGAAUCUCAUGCUGGCAAAAUACUGAAGAAUGGCUGGGGCGACAAUGGAAAUGGGUUUGGUUUAAUGCAGGUUGACAAAAACUCACAUAAACCUGUGGGAAAAUGGAAUAGCGAAAUUCAUAUUAACCAGGGCACAAACAUACUUGUCAACAUGAUAAAGACAAUACAGAGGAAGUUCCCACGCUGGACAAAGGAUCAACAGCUGAAAGGUGGGAUUUCUGCCUACAAUGCUGGUCCUAAUAACGUCCGAAGCUAUGACAGAAUGGACAUUGGCACCACCCACAAUGACUACUCCAACGACGUGGUUGCACGAGCCCAGUAUUACAAGAGACACGGAUACUAGACUCGGGAAUCUCUACCGUGUAACUUCCUUACCAUCACCUGCAUGACACCCCUGAGGGAGCCAAGACACAGAGCAGCUGUACCCUGCAAACCCAUACAGAUGCAAAUGUAUCUGUAAAUGUAAAUCAGGAAUUAUUUACAUGAAUAAGAAUGUGCAGACUAAAGCCCUCAAUUUUUAAAACAAUAUUCAGUAAGACACCAGUCAUGUAGUUUCUUUACAAGCAAUACGGUUUGGAUUUUACAAAGGGAAUAUUACCAAAAUCUUAAUAUU